AAAGCGGGGAAGAAUAGCGAAGAUGGCGGCGGUUUCAGGGGUAUCUCUGCAGGGCAGUAGUCCAGCAAGAGAACUUUCUCACUCGGUUCAGUCUGCAGGGGCCCCGCUACUUGGAGAUCGGGGAAAGUGUGAAGAAGGAACAGAAGCAGAGAAGCAGGGUCGUGUGAAUGGGCUCCUGGAGAGGCUCCAUGCCAAGCAUAACGCUUCACGAACAUGGCAGGAGACCAGCAAGGUGGUGCGCCAGGCAAUGGAGAAACGUGGUGUGAUGAAUGCUGCAGGACACCAGCUCCUUCUUACCUGCCUGGAGACACUGCAGAAAGCACUGAAAGUGUCCUCUCUGCCCUCUAUGACCGAUCGCCUGGAGUCCAUCGCCCGGCAAAACCUGCUGGGCUCCCACCUCAGUCCCUCAGGGACCGAGUGUUACAUCACCUCAGACAUGUUCUAUGUGGAGGUGCAGCUGGACACGGCUGGUCAGCUGGUGGACGUCAAGGUGGCCCAUCAUGGGGAGAACCCAGCGAGCUGUCCAGAGCUGAUUCAGCACCUCAGGGAAAAGAACUUUGAAGAAUUUUCUAAACACCUCAAAGGUCUGGUCAACCUGUACAAGCUUCCAGGAGAUAAUAAACUGAAAACCAAAAUGUACCUGGCCCUGCAAUCUCUGGAACUGGAUCUGACCAAGAUGAUGCACAUGUUCAGGUUAGCCACAAACGCAAACACGGUGGAGACCAUCAUCCAUGGUAGCGUGGGCCUGCUGACGGCCAGGAGCGGCGGCCAUCUUGUUUCUCUGCAGUGCUACGUGUCUCCCUAUGACGUGUUCGAGGAAGGAACCGGAACACAGCUCAACUUCACAGAUACAAACGUGCCUCGUUCUCUGGGCGUCAGUGUCUCCGUAACAGUAGAAGGAACUUCCUCUGUCUACAAGCUCCCCAUCGCACCCCUCAUCACUGGAUCCCACCCAGUAGACAACAAGGGAACCCCAUCUUUCUCCUCAGUCACCAACUCCAACUGUGUGGACCUGCCUGCCUGUUUCUUCCUGAAGAUGAACCAGCCGAUGCCCUUCUCCCUGUCCUUUAUCCAGAGAAUGGGCAAUGCUACAGGGAUCCCUGUGUUUGAGGCUCCCCCCACGCUGGCCAACCUCUACGAACUCAUCAUCCAGAGCCACCUGCAGGAGGAGGGAAGCCCUCCACCCACGCACCACAUGCGCUUCUAUGCCUCGCUACCUGACCAGCAGCACUGCUACUUCCUGAACGGCGACGCCCCGGUGCAGGAUGGGCGCUCCCUGCAGGGGGCGCUGGUCUCCAAGAUCCCCUUCCGCCACCCGGCCCAGGUGCCGGCCCUGCUGGACGUCAUUCGACACCAGGCGGCCUACAACACGCUGAUCGGCAGUUGCGUCAAACGCACCUUCAUCAAGGAGGAAACCCCGGGUAUACUCCAGUUUGAGGUGUGUCCCCUGACAGACUCCAGCUUCAGCGUGUCCUUCCAGCACCCUGUCAACGAGUCUCUCGUCUGUGUGGUGAUGGAGGUGAUAGACUCCAGGCAGGUGUCCUGCAAGCUCUACAAGGGCCUAUCAGACGCCUUGAUCUGCACCGACGAUUUUAUCACUAAAGUGGUUCAGAGGUGCAUGUCCAUCCCCGUGACCAUGCGGGCCAUCCGGAGGAAGGCCGAGACCAUCCAGGCGGACACGCCAGCCCUCUCGCUCAUAGCCGAGACGGUGGAGAUCAUGGUGAAGAAGAACCUGCCCCCUGCUGGCAGCCCCAGCUACAGCAUGGCCACAGGCGCAGAUGGAAGCAAUCCCAUGGGGCUCCCUGGGAUGAGCGGAGGCAACACGCCAACCGGCGGCACCAGUGGCGGCCCUGGUGGCGCCUUCCCUGGGCCAAUCAGUUCGAUGUAUGGGAUGGGUCGCAGUCAAGGGCAAGGCGGAGAGUGCAUGCCUCAGGGUGGGGCAGCCAAUCAGCAACAGCUUCAACAGCAACAGCAGCAGCAGCAGCAACAACAACAACAGCAACAACAACAACAGCAGCAAGGUCACUCAGACGAUUUCAGCAAAGUGACCCAGAAUCCCAUACUGACCAGCUUGUUGCAGAUCACAGGCAGCGUGGGUUCAAGUCCCGGCCCUCAGAAUGCCUCGUCCGGCUCCCAGCCUCCCCAAACCCCGCCCCCGACAUCAUCACCGGCCAGCAACACCAAGAACCAUCCCAUGUUGAUGAACCUGCUGAAAGAUAACCCCGCCCAAGACUUCGCAGUACUGUACGGGUCCAGCCCCCUGGAGAGGCAGAAUUCGUCGUCGGGUUCGCCUCGCACGGACGGCAUGGGGGGGGGCACCUGCCCUGGGGGCGGCACCAAGGGAAAGAAGAAGCGCCCGCGGGGGACGGAGAAGGGUGGGGUCAUGUCUGGGGGCGGCGGAGGUGGUGGUAUGGGUGGGAAGCAGCAGCAGUCGUCCAUGCAGCACCAUCACCAGCACCCGUCCAGCCACGAGGACGACUUCCACCGCGAGCUCUUCUCCAUGGACGUGGACACCUCCCAGAACCCCAUCUUUGACGUCAACCUGCCGGGCGACGGCCUGGACACGCCCCACAACAUCACCCCGGCGCCCAGCCAGUGCGGGACGCCGCCCUCCGGGCCCGGGGUGUCCUAUCACGCGCAGUCGCACGUCCAGUCCCAGCAGCAGGCGCCGCAACCUCCUCGCAUGCGGGACGUCCGCCUGUCCAGCUCGGACAGCAUCGGGGCCGACAUCACGGAGAUCCUGUCGGAUCUGCCCGAGCAGACGGGCAAGGGCGGCGGCGGGAGCGGAGGGCACGGGCAGCACCACAUGGGCAGCGGGGGCGACGAAGGGGGCGCCCUGGGCACGCCCAUCCGCGACUCGUCCAGCUCGGGCCAGGGCAGCGCCGUGUUCGAGGCGGACAUCUUCAACGCCAACAGCAACGAGAACCCCUUCACGGACGCCGCCGACCUCAUCGCCGAGGCGGCGGCCACGGCCGCCACCCCCAACAGCGACACGUCGUCCACCAACUUCUUCCCCGACGCGGUGGACUUCAACCCCGAGCUGCUGGCGUCCAGCCACGGCUUCCCGCAGGCCUACUUCGAGGACAGCUCCCCGAGCGCCGACGGAGACAUGGACCUCGUCAAAGGCUUCGGGGGGAGCAGCCAGCAGAACACGCCCUCGGGCACCCCCCAGAACCCCACCCCCCACGGCCAGAGCACCCCCGACCCGUCGCUCAAAGACCCUUUCGACAUGGUGUUCGGCGGGAGCGGCGGAGGGGGCAAGCCUCUGCUGGGUCAGGCCCCGGAUCUGGGGGACGCCCACUCCUCCCUGGCGGGGGACGGGCAGAGCCCCCUCAUGAUGGGCAUGGGGGGGGCUGGAAGUGACUUCAAGAGCGGCGAGACGAAAGCCAAGCAGCAGCAGCAGCAGGGGAUGAUGAGGGCUAAGGACGACAUCGGUAUCGGCAGCGGGAGCAGCGCGGGGCUGGGGAUGAUGGGCGGAGGACUGUCCUCUGAGGGGAAGCAGGUCAAGCGAAGCCGCACCCCCUCCAGCGAGGGCAAGUCCAAAGAGGGGAAGCCCCCCAAACGCAAGAAGCUCGACCCGGACGGGAAGUCCCCUUCUCACAGCUCAGGGGGGCGGCCUUACACCCCGCCCAGCGUGGGCUCGGGUUCCGGGGGCAGCAUGGGCGGAGGGGGGUCCAAGUCCCCCGGUAGCUCGGGGCGCUCCCAGACCCCACCUGGAGGCGCCACGCCACCCAUCCCCAAAAUUACCAUCCAGAUCCCCAAAGGGACCAUAACCGGGGGGAAGACGUUGUCCCACGGGGGAUACACCUCCAGCAGCUCUGCAGGGAGCGGAGCCGGAGGCACGGGAGGCAUGGGCGGCAGCAAGAGCCACCACUCCCACUCCUCCUCUUCCUCUGGGAAGAUGAAGAGCAAGGAGGGCUCCAUGGGCCACAGUGGCAGCUCCAAGCCUGGGAGUGUGGGGGGUGGUGGAGGGGUUGGAGGUGGACUCUCGCAGUCCAAAAGCUCAUCUCAGGGAAUGGGUGUCGGCAAGCCGGGCUCCUCCCCCAUCACCAAACAUGGCCUCUCUGGGUCAGGAAGCAGUGGAGGUGGCGUGGGAAGCGGGAACAAGAUCAAGCCCCAGGGGGGGAAGCCCCCCGGGUCCCUCAUGAAUCCCAGCAUCAAGCCCAACAUCUCGCCCUCGCAUUCUCGCUCCGGGGGCUCCGACAAGCUGUCGUCCCCCAUGAAGAUGCAGCAGUCGCAGGUUCCAGGGACGCCACCCUCUUCCAAGGCUAAAUCCCCAAUGGGCUCCGGGGGCGGCGGAUCAGGGGGGUCCAAGUCCUCCUCCGGAGGAGGAGGUGGAAUGGGCUCCCAGAAACCCAUGGGGGGCGGCUCCUCCUCUGGCUCCUCCUCUUCCACGUCCUCGUCAAGCUCGUCCUCUGGCAACAUGGCCUUUUCAGGAGGCUCCCAGUCUCAGUAUGGUGGUGGUGGUGGAGGAGGGGGUGGGGGGGGAGGUGGAGGUAGUGGGGGUGGAGGGGGAGGAGGAGGAGGGAGUGGCGGAGGUGGAGGAGGAGGGAGUGGAGGGGGAGGAGGAGGGGGUGGUGGUGGAGGUGGACAAAACAAUGCAAACAACCCCAAUGCCAAGGGCAAGUCUCCCAGUCGCAACAAGAAACCCUCCCUGAUCGCCGUCAUAGACAAGCUCAAGAGUGUGGGCAGCGGCACCGGGGGCUCAGAGGAGGGUUGCGAAGGCGGCCCCCCUGUCAGCGGGGGGGGCGGCGGGGGUGGCCCUCCGCCCCCGGGCGGGGCGGGGGGCGGGCCUCCAAACCUCGGCCCCUCCUCGAAGCAUGUCAUGUCGUCGCAAAGCGGGGAGUACCUCAGCAAACGGGACAAGAUGGACAAAGAGGGCAAGGCCAAAGUGUCCGUUUCGGGGGGCAACAGCGGGGAGAAGAAGAUGAUCGACCCCAAGACGGGCGCGGUGUGCAGCACGGGCGUGGCAAAGAUCAUCAUCAGCAAACCGGACAGCGCCUCCCCGAGCAUCAAGGCCAAGGUGACGCUCCAGAAACCCGGGGAAGGUUCCGGCGGCGAGUCGACGCGCCCCCAGCACUCGGGCCUCAAAGCGUCGCCGCUGUUCAGCGGCUCCACCCCCAAGCACGACCGCUCGUCUCCCAGCCACAGCCGCUCCCCGGGGUACGUGCCGCUCAACCACGACAGCGAGAGCGAGUCGGGGAGCAGCUCGGUGGCGGAGAAGUCCCACCAGAACAGUCCGAGCUCGGACGACGACCAGAGCAUGCGGCCCCUCCCGCCGCAGGACUACAUGAGCUCCGUGCCCCUCAGCUCCGGGGAGAGACACAAGAAGCAUAAGAAGGAGAAGAAGAAACAGAAGGAAAGGGAACGAGAGAGAGACAGAGAGAGGGAGCGAGAGAGGGAGAAGGAGAAGAAGAAAUCCUCCAUGUCCAUGGGCCCGACGUCGCAUCCGAUGAAAGCCGACAGUUGGUCGAGGUCUCCCAUCUCGGCUUCUGAUUCGUCGAUGUCCAUGAUGGGGUCGGACCGCCCCUUGAGACCCAGUCCUGUCUACAUGCGAAAUGAAGACGACGACCUCAUGGACUCUGCCCUCACGGGCAACCUUUAACCCUCAAAGUAGACACGUUUCUCACCAACAAAGAAUCUCUCGUUAUGCAUGCGAUAUCUGCCCUGGCUAAGACUUUGAAGUUGCCUGAAGUUAAAAGGAUGGAGGAUGCAAGUACCAAAUGACUUGACUGUGUUCAAAAUUCAAACAUUGGUCGAUUUUUUUAAGCAGAAUAUGUGUUUUUGUUAGUUUGCGUGCAUUACUGAUACACAAGUUGGUCGUACACUGUGGGUGCUCUAGCACAUGAUCUGAAUCCAAUUUGUUCACCCUUUGACAUCAAGUUUUGCCUACAAAUGUUUCAAUAACAUCAUCAACAUGUGGCAUUUUAUUUCAUCUGCUGUGUGAUAUCAGACUUUUUUCCCCUUCUUUCUCUUAUGAUCUUAAUGAUAUUUUAAGUCAGAGUUUAAGUUUUAAGGUAAAGAUGAUCAGGCAUACUUUAAUUGGAGUUUGCAAAUGACUAAAUGUAAAUCAUUUCUAUUUACCAGUGGUUUUAUAAAGAACUAUGACAUUUGUUUUAUGAAGUAUUAUCAAAAGGUUUCUAACAUCUUAUUGUACAGUUUAAAAUGCCUUGAUUUUGUGCCAUGUGAUGGGGGAUCAUAGGUUUUGAUACCACUUAACAUGUUUACGGGGCAGGUUUGUGUAGAUAUCAGUGAUUUUAUGCUAUAUAAGUACAUAAACCCCUGUGCUUAUUUUUAGCAUAGAGAUGUAUGAAUAUAAAAUAUUUCCAUGCCAAGUA